GUGUAGCCACCUAUUUGUUAGCCUUCCUGAGUUUCUUUUCGUUUUGUAUGAGACAAAUAAUAGCCAUUUGCGUUGUUUCAAUUCGUUUCUAACUACUAUUGCAAUGGCGUCCGAUAGGCAGCAUUGUUCGUGUUGCUCCCAUCCAGUCUCCUCUCCCAGUGUUUACCAGACAUUGAGUGAAAUGGAGUUUGAACGAGGUAUCUGGUCGGCUGCAAUGGAUGGGGACUUGGAUCGGGUCAAGUUCUUGGUCCAGAAGGGCACUGACCCCAACCUGAGGGACUCGGCUGGAUACACAGCUCUGCACUAUGCAAGUCGCAGUGGUCAUCACCCUGUAUGCCAGUUCCUUCUUGAGACCGGUGCUUGUGCAUCUCCCCAGACAUCCGGCGGUGCUACACCACUCCAUCGAUCAGCUUACUGCGGCCGCCUCGAUGUUGUCAGACUCCUGCUGCACCACAGGGCAGAUCCAAUGAUCUGUGAUGACGAUGGUGCAUCCCCUUUACAUAAGGCUGCAGAGCAGGGCCAUGAAGAGGUGUGUGAGCUGCUUCUGGAGCGCUGUCCAGCCCUCUGCAGCCAGGUGAACAAGAGGCUCCAGCUUCCCUUCCAGCUGGCACCGCAGCAAGAUCUGCGGGAACUGUUAAAACCUCCUCUGUGACGAUGGACACACUGCGCCCGGCCCAUUGCGAGGUCAUCCAGUUGAUAUGAGCUCAAAAUAAACUAGGUGAGGUCCGCUGAAGUCCCGUCUUGAUCUAGAUGUAUUACAUCUGGUUCCAUCUUUCUCAGUUGAACAUCAGCAAAGAGCCACUGAAUAAAAGUAGGCGGGGGGGGGGACACACCACAUCACAUUUUCUAGCUUCAUACCAUGAAUAUCAUCCUGUUUUUUAUGCACCUCCUAGUCCUAAACUGUAGAAACUUGUGACACCUGUAAAAUCACACUAUUGUCCAGACACUCGUUGCUGCUUCACUCUUAUCAGGUAGUGGUCAAAUAAUUCAGUUUAAACACGCCAGCCUUUGUGUUAUGAAGAGCAAGUUACAGCUGAGGUACUUAGUUUAAGUUUGAGGGCUAUGUGGUGAUGAGGAAGGAAGAAUCAGGUGAAUACUCCCACCUCACCAUCUGAUGAGGUGCACUGAUCUGUAAUGGGGGUCAUUUCACUGUGGCAUUAGCCUUCCAUUCAUAUUUCUCAGUUCAAAACAAGAGCAGAGCAGGAGUGCACAGUAUCUAUCAACAGGACAAAUGGGAACAACAGUCAAGUUCAAAAAGUACAAAGUCUUUUUAGUCCUGAAAUUUCUCUUUGAAAUGACUUUAAUUAAACCCACAAUGUGUAACAUUUAAAAUGUAUUUGAGCUGUGCCCUACAAACACCCGCGUUUGCUUUUCACUGCAGCACUAAUAAUUGUUUUCUUUGAACUUGUGGCAUGUUUGACAAAGGAAUUUGUAUUAAAACUGGAGGCCAACAUUGUU